AUGCGGGCAAAAAAAAAAAGGGGUGUCGGGGCAAUUCAUUCAGCACAGCGCCUCGCUCGGAGAGGGAUGGCAGCGCGGUCGUUCGCUCGAGAGGCCGUCCGGCGGCUGGGGAGGAACACAGAUGAGAUCAUCGCGCCGCUUUCGCUCGGAUAUAUCCCCGGAAGGCUCGCACGCGGGCGCCUGGUCGAGGAUUCGACCCGCGAAUCGUCGUCUCGGUACCUGGCGACGAGGACGUUCGGGGAGGCCCCAUCUCACGGAACCCCCGCGGGGCUCGCUGUCGCCGCGGCCGCGGAGCGAAUCAUCACCCCGAGCACCUGCGAGCACCUGCGCACGCGGGGCUACGCGAUCGUCGACGGCGCCAUGGAAGGCAUCGACGUCGAUGGGGUCCCCCUCGCGGAGGCGAUGCUGAACGAGCUUCGAUCGCUCUCGUCGUCCCCCGGGGUGAUGGCGCGCAACGCGACGGUGCUCGUGGGGAAAGACGGGGUCGCGAACAGGCUCGAGAAGUCCAACAUCUUCGAGGCGGAGGUGCACGCGUUGAGCGAGGAAUCCCUCGCCGACGCCCCGACCCUACGCGCAGCCUGGGAGGAUCGCACGCAGCUCACCCUUCUCAACGUCAUGCUCCCCGCGAGAGCGCCGCCCCAGUCGCUGCACUACCAGAGCGUCAAGCUGCAGCGCAACGCGGGCCGGGGCGGGUGCUUCCCGCUGCACUUCGACUCGGACGCGGGACUGGACGCCAGGGUGGUCACCGCGCUCACGUACCUGAACCCCACGUGGAAGCCCGGCGACGGGGGCGAGCUCGUGCUGUUCCCGUUCCCGGACGACCCAAUCAAAGUCGAGCCAAUCGCCGGCCGGGUGGUGCUGUUCUCCUCCGCGAACACGCUCCACAGGGUGCUGCCGUCCGCCGCGGAGAGGUUCUGUUUCACCACGUGGUUCUUCGCGAAACAGGCGCGGAGCGACGACGGGGACGAAGGGCGCACUACUACUCAUACAGGGGCGGCGUCGACACAGCUGGCGAGAAAAGCGGCUGACAAAUACUGGGGCUCGGGGAAGUCAAACGACGACCUGUGGCCGGAACCCGGCGCCGAGGAGAUCCGUACGAUGCGCGAGUGCGAGGCGCUGCUCGCGCCGGGAAUGCGCAAGCACCUGCUGCGUUUGGUGCACGCGGAGGAGUGGGCGGCGAGCAUCGCGGAGUCGCACCCGGACACUCCGGAACGAACCAAAGCGCUGGAGACGCAUCGGAGGGAGGUUGACGUCAUCGCGAGGGCGAUUGGGGGUAGGUACCCGCGGGGGUUGGCGAGGAUAGGGUCGGCGAUGGGGAGCGAACGGGGCGGGGCGGUGCGGGAGAGGUUGGGAGGGCUCGAAGUGCGGUGGUUUUAG